AAUGUACAGAACAGUUCGUCGUAAAACGCAGUAGGCUUCUUGACACACUGCGACAAUGACAUCGACAAAAGAAAUUCAUCGAUUGAUGAAAACAUUGGAUAAAUUAACUGAUGGUCAGGCGAAAAUUAACGAAAUAAAUUGGGACGCUGGAGAUACGUCUAAAUUCAUCUUGGUGGUCUGUCCUAAUUCAGGCCUAUACAAAGGAGGGAUUUUUGAAUUUGAUAUAUCACUUGCGGACGAUUAUCCAAACAGUGCCCCAACAGUGUCAUGCUUGACGGAUAUAUAUCAUCCGAAUAUCGACACUUCGUAUGGAUCAAGACACGAUAACGUAUGUUUGAAUGUUUUGGAAAAUCGACCGUUUACAAUAGGUUUGCAGGCGCUUGUUCUUGCGUUAAUUUACCUGCUUAACAAUCCAAAUUUGGAUGAUCCACUGAACCCAUAUUUCGAUGCUUUUGGGGACUACGACGAAUUUGCUAGGAACGUUUCAAGAUACAUGACAGGCGACGAUGUCGAGGGGGUCAAAUUUGAGAAAAAAUUCUAUGUGGCCGCCGGUAUAACUGUUUAUGUAACUCCACCGAUAAAUGAGGAAAAUAGUUAUGAAGCAGUUGAUAAGAUUGAAAAUGGAGUUGCUGACUGUAUCGAAUUAAAUGAAGAUGCUGUAUUAGUAAACGACAAUGGCAUCAUAAUUAUUUCAAUAGGCGAUGAAAUGAUGCUUGUAAACGAAAUGUCACGUUGCGAAAUGUGUGUACGGAAUACAGUUAAUGAUGUUGAUGACAUUGCUUGUGCUGAUGUUGAAUUAUACAUUAGCAAACCUGAAGAAGUUGGAUGUGUUGAUACACUUGUUCCCGAAGACAUAAGGAAUAAAAAAGACGACCUAAGCCCACCGAAUGAACCCGUCUAUGGAUUCAUGACAGGACCGAUUCCUCGCAAUCGGGAUAGAAAUAAUCGAUUUACAAAAUACUGCCGUAAAUACAUUGGCCUUGUAGUGUUUGCGACAGAGAGAAUUAUACAAACAGUUCAAAGGUUUCUGAUAUUAAGUGAACACUUAUGAUUGCUUGAAUUAGUGCACUUAUAAAUAUUAAAAUUUAUUUUGCA